AGCUUGACAACAGGCCUAGUCUGUCGAAGGAGAAAAUGCGGAAAUUGACAUUGCGUUUGUUUUGGGGAUCUUUAUUUUUUUGGUGGGGGAAGGCGAUGUCAAGGCAUAAAUAACACUACUCGUCAAACAAUGAACAAAAAACUUUACAAAAAAAAAUAAAUGUAUGAUUUCGCUUUAACUACCAAAACAAGGCUUCAGGUUUUGUGCAUCACAGGAGAGAUGGCGUCAGUGAAAGACAGCAGUCAAACACUCCUGCUCAAUGUCAUCACGAAAGAUAAAGAGGAGGAAGUGAAGAUUUGGGAAUGUGACGAUUACCCAGGAGAGAGUCCAGAGGCGCAGUCAGAAAAGAUGGCCGACAGCAGUCAAACACUGGGGCUGAAUGUCAUCGUUAACAGAGAGGAGAAGGAAGACGUUGGUGAAUCUGUUGAUCCUGGAGAGACCCCUAACUCCUCUGACCAAGUCGAGACAUUUCCAGCUUCAGUGAAGCAACGUCGGAAAGUGACCAAAGUAAAGAAGCCUCACCGCUGUCCCCACUGUGAGAAGAGUUUCCCUUUCCUUUCAUAUCUUGAAAGACACGUGCGUAAACAUUCUGGAGAGAAGCCUUAUUCCUGUUCUGACUGUGGGAUGAGUUUCUCCCAACUGAGUGGCUUGAACGUGCACCAUCGAACGCACACUGGAGAGAAGCCUCACCGCUGUCCUCACUGUGAGGAGAGUUUCCCAUUUCCAUCAUAUCUUGAAAGACACGUGCGUAAACAUUCUGGAGAGAAGCCUUAUUCCUGUUCUGACUGUGGGAUGAGUUUCUCCCAACUGAGUGGCUUGAACGUGCACCAUCGAACGCAUACUGGAGAGAAGCCUCACCACUGUCCUCACUGUGAGAAGAGUUUCCCAUUCCCAUCUUAUCUUGAAAUACACCUGCGGAAACAUUCUGGAGAGAAACCGUACUCCUGCUCCGACUGUGGGAAAUGCUUCACAACAUCAAGUCAUCUAACCUCUCAUCGGAGAACUCACACAGGGGAGAAGCCUUACUCCUGCUCUGACUGUGGGAAGAGUUUCCCAUUCCCAUCAUAUCUUGAAAGACACCUGCGGAAACAUUCUGGAGAGAAGCCUUACUGCUGCUCCGACUGCGGGAAAUGCUUCACCACAUCAAGCAAUCUAACGCUACAUCAGAGUGCACACAGGGGAGAAGCCUUGGAGCCAAUUUGAGUUCAAAAGAAUUUACCCAAAAAGAAAAAGAACGGAAAUGAAAAAUAUCAUUGUGAAGUAAUGCAUGGUGAAACUGAAAUGUAAAAAACAAAAACAAUUCUGUAAACAAAAAAGUGAAUUGUAUGAAAAAAAAAAAUGUCGAAUUCAAACACAUUGAAAAUGAUUUUCAAAGCAUUCAGUUGAUGUUUGCAUCCAAUCUUUAAAGUUGAUUUAGUCAAAUAACUUGUUUUCGCUCUUGGAUUUAGUCCUUGCAAUGACAAUUAUAUUCCACCUUCAAGUCAUCUUUUCUCUCUUCCAAGUUUUGGUACUCUUGACCUGGAGGCAGGGUUAGAGGGGAUGGGCGUGUCCAAUGUUAGAGGGGAUGGGCGUGUCCAAUGUUAGAGGGGAUGGGCGUGUCCAAUGUUAGAGGGGAUGGGCGUGUCCAAUGUCAGAGGGGAUGGGCGUGUCCAAUGUUAGAGGGGAUGGGCGUGUCCAAUGUCAGAGGGGAUGGGCGUGUCCAAUGUUAGAGGGGAUGGGCGUGUCCAAUGUUAGAGGGGAUGGGCGUGUCCAAUGUUAGAGGGGAUGGGCGUGUCCAAUGUCAGAGGGGAUGGGCGUGUCCAAUGUUAGAGGGGAUGGGCGUGUCCAAUGUUAGAGGGGAUGGGCGUGUCCAAUGUUAGAGGGGAUGGGCGUGUCCAAUGUUAGAGGGGAUGGGCGUGUCCAAUGUUAGAGGGGAUGGGCGUGUCCAAUGUUAGAGGGGAUGGGCGUGUCCAAUGUUAGAGGGGAUGGGCGUGUCCAAUGUUAGAGGGGAUGGGCGUGUCCAAUGUUAGAGGGGAUGGGCGUGUCCAAUGUUAGAGGGGAUGGGCGUGUCCAAUGUUAGAGGGGAUGGGAGUGUCCAAUGUUAGAGGGGAUGGGAGUGUCCAAUGUUAGAGGGGAUGGGAGUGUCCAAUGUUAGAGGGGAUGGGCGUGUCCAAUGUUAGAGGGGAUGGGAGUGUCCAAUGUUAGAGGGGAUGGGCGUGUCCAAUGUUAGAGGGGAUGGGCGUGUCCAAUGAGCCACAGCCUUGGAGUGGCAGCAUUCCUCCAGUACCCCCCCCAACAGGACACAUUCUUAUUGGACAAGCACACCUGAUUCAACUUGUCAACUAAUCAUCAAGUUCUCAAAUUUUAUUUUUUUACUUUAACCUUUAUUUAACAAGGCAAGUCAGUUUUAAGAACAAAUUCUUAUUUUCAAUGACGGCCUAGGAACGAGUGGGUUAACUGCCUUGUUCAGGGGAAGAACGACAGAUUUUUACCUUGUCAGCUCGGGGGAUUCGAUCCAGCAACCCUUUCGGUUACUACUGGUCCUAACGAUCUAACCACUAGGCUACCUUGCCUCAAUGAGCUGAAUGAGGUGUAGGGCUAGAACAAAAAUGUGUAGUGUUGGAGACCAGGGUUGGGAAACACCGUCCUAACCAAUAGGUUACUUGCACAAUGUCGUAAAAACAACUUCCUGGUAAUAAAGGUCAUGGAAAUCUG